AUGUAUCGUCUACAGAGUUGUAAGAAUUCCUCAAUUUUACUAAACAAAACUUUAAUUAGAUCCAUAUCUACGGCUACAAAGAAUCAGGCUGCUGCCACCGCUACCUCUACUUCCACAUCCGCUUCUCAAAUUCCAUUAGAACAUGCCAACCAAUCUACUGUAUUUGAUUAUGAUGGAUUUUUAGAUUCUGAAUUAGACAAAAAACGUAAAGAUAAAUCCUAUCGUUACUUUAACAAUAUCAACCGUUUAGCCAAAGAAUACCCAUUGGCUCAUCGUAAAUUAGAAACCGAUAAGGUUACAGUAUGGUGUUCAAAUGACUAUCUUGCUCUCUCAAAGCAACCAGAAGUUAUGGACGCUAUGAAGCGUGCUAUUGAUAAAUAUGGUGCAGGUGCAGGUGGUACAAGAAAUAUUGCUGGCCAUAAUAAAUUGACCUUAAAAUUAGAAUCAGAAUUGGCCGCCUUACAUAAAAAGGACGGUGCUUUAGUAUUCUCUUCAUGUUUUGUCGCAAACGAUGCCGUCUUAUCUUUAUUUGGUCAAAAAAUGAAAGAUUUGGUCAUUUUCUCCGAUGAACUAAACCACGCCUCUAUGAUUAUAGGUAUUAAACAUGCCGGUGUGAAAAAACAUAUCUUCAAACAUAAUAACUUAGAAGAAUUGGAAAAUAUGUUGGCACAAUACCCACGUAGUCAACCAAAAUUGAUUGCUUUUGAAUCUGUCUACUCAAUGGCCGGAUCUGUGGCAGACAUUGAGAGGAUUUGUGAUUUAGCCGAUACAUAUGGUGCAAUGACUUUCUUAGAUGAAGUCCAUGCCGUGGGUCUAUACGGUCCACACGGUGCUGGUGUAGCGGAACAUUUGAAUUUUGAUGCCCAUUUGAAAGCAGGUCUUGAAAAAUUACCAUCCAAUAUCUCCAAUGUAAUGGAUCGUGUCGAUAUGAUAACAGGUACAUUAGGUAAAUCCUUCGGUACAGUCGGUGGUUAUGUGGCUGGUUCUAAAAAACUGAUUGAUUGGGUAAGAUCAUAUGCACCUGGUUUCAUUUUCACAACCACAUUGCCACCAGCAGUCAUGGCAGGGGCUGCUGAAGCUAUCAGAUAUCAGCGUGUUCGUUUGAAUCUAAGACAAGAUCAACAAAGACAUACAUUGUAUGUUAAAAAAGGGUUGCAGGAUUUGGACAUCCCAGUAAUCCCAAAUCCUUCACAUAUUGUUCCUGUUUUGAUCGGUAACGCCAAUUUAGCCAAGAGAGCUUCAGAUUAUUUAAUGGAAAAACAUAAGAUAUAUGUCCAAGCAAUCAACUUCCCAACUGUGGCUCGUGGUACAGAAAGAUUAAGAAUCACACCUACUCCAGGACACACCAAUGAUUAUUCUGAUGUUUUAUUGAAUGCCAUCGAUGAUACAUUUAAUGAACUACAAUUACCUAGAAUUAAGGAUUGGAGAGAACAAGGUGGGCUAUUGGGUAUUGGAGAAGAAGGAUCUGGCCCUGCUAUUGAACCUUUAUGGACUCCAAAACAAUUAUCUUAUUCCAACGAUGAUUUGAACCCAAAUGUACAUAAUGAUGUUUUAGAUGAACUCGAGGUUUCUAGUGGUAUCUAUAUCUAA